AUGGACGCGGACGCGAGCGCGACGACGUCGGGGCGAGCGACGACGUCGGCGCGGGGACGAGGGCGCGGCGACGGGGCGACGACGACGCGAGACGCGGGCGAGGACGAGGGCGCGCGGAGACGUAGCGCGGGCGCGGUGAGGCGAACGUCGCGCGCGUCGUUCGAUUCGGACGUCGCGCGAGGCGAUGGGGAGGGAGGAACGAAGGAAAAAUUUGAGUGCAACGUGUGCUUCGAAGUCGCGCGGGAGCCGGUGGUGACGCCGUGCGGGCACUUGUACUGCUGGCGAUGCAUCAACACGUGGCUGAGCGUCGGCGAUAACGUGGCGUGCCCGGUGUGCAAGGGAGAGAUGACGAAGGAUAUGUUGAUCCCGCUGUACGGGUUCGGGGCGAACACCGCGAGGGGGGGGGCGAAGCGCGAGGGAGGCGGCGCGCCGCCGCUGGAAUCGGCGGCGGGACUGGCGACGUUGCUGGGUUUGAGGAGCAGCGACGAAUUGAGCACGGAACAGGCGAGUCAGUUGCUGCUAUCGCGAUAUCUGCUCGCCAUCGGAACCCUGGUGAUCGUGUGCUUACUGGUCAUCUGA